GGAUUGGCAGGUCAGGAGCCCCGCCCCUUCCGCUUCUCAGGCCUGACCUUCCUGCCGGUGGGCCGCGCGCUGAGCCGGCAUUGGCGCGUCCUCGCACUUCGGUCCGACUCACCUACUCUCGCGACACCAUGGUGGCGUACUGGCGACAGGCUGGACUCAGCUACAUCCGAUACUCCCAGAUCUGUGCAAAAGCAGUGAGAGAUGCGUUGAAGACAGAAUUCAAAGCAAAUGCUGAGAAGACUUCUGGAAGCAGCGUAAAAAUUGUGAAAGUGAAACAGGAAUAACCUACCCUGACUAAAGCUUGAAAUGCUACAUUUUGAAGGUGAAGAUGUGUGGGCACAUGUUGUGGCAGAUUGAAAAUGAUCCCACUUCAUGGAAAAAAAAAAGUGUUUUGUUCAUAGAUUGACAAUGCCAAUAAAUUAAGUACGGUUCACUCUU